GGGGAAAGGGGUUCAGGGAGCGUCUCCCUCGCCCUCAUCGCGCGCUGGCUCCGGCGGGGCUCGGUUAGGGCUGGCGGGGCCCCGGGAAGCUGAGGCGGUCCUGGGCCGUCCGAAGGGACAGACGGCUGCAGCUUCGGGCCUGUGGUGGGCCCGCGAACCCGCCUCCUUCGCUUGUUGCAGUGACAAGCUCCCGCGGGCGUGCGCGGCGCAGUGACCAUGAAAGACACCAGGCUGACAGCACUGGAAACUGAUGUACCAACUGUCCCCAGAACAGGAGAAGAAUUGGCCUCAAAAAUGGGUCGUCCAUGAAAAUCAGUUCUUCUGGUAGUGGCCCCAAUGAAGAGCUGUCCAAGCCUUUAGCCUGGAGCCUGCACAUCAUAGUUGAGUGAGAGAAUGGCCCAGCUAGCCAACAUUGGGGAGCUACUCUCCAUGUUGGACUCUCCCACAUUGGGUGUGCGGGAUGACGUGACAACCAUCUUCAAGGACUCCCUCAAUUCUGAACGUGGGCCUAUGCUUGUAAACACCUUGGUGGAUUAUUACCUGGAAACCAAUUCUCAGCCGGUAUUGCACAUCCUGACCACCUUGCAAGAGCCACAUGAUAAGCACCUCUUGGACAAAAUUAAUGAGUAUGUAGGCAAAGCAGCUACCCGUUUAUCCAUUCUCUUGCUGCUGGGUCAUGUUGUGAGGCUACAGCCAUCUUGGAAGCAUAAGCUCUCUCAAGCACCUCUUCUGCCUUCUUUAUUGAAAUGUCUCAAGAUGGACACUGACGUUGUAGUCCUCACAACUGGUGUCUUGGUAUUGAUCACCAUGCUACCAAUGAUCCCACAGUCAGGGAAGCAGCAUCUUCUUGAUUUCUUUGACAUCUUCGGCCGUCUCUCGUCAUGGUGCCUGAAGAAACCAGGCCAUGUGACAGAAGUCUACCUUGUCCAUCUCCAUGCCAGUGUUUAUGCCCUCUUUCAUCGCCUUUAUGGAAUGUACCCUUGUAACUUUGUCUCCUUCCUGCGCUCGCACUACAGUAUGAAGGAAAAUGUGGAGACUUUUGAAGAAGUUGUCAAACCAAUGAUGGAGCAUGUGCGAAUUCAUCCGGAAUUAGUGACUGGAUCCAAGGACCAUGAACUGGACCCUCGAAGUCCACUGGCAUUGGAGCUUCUGGCUGAUUCUUCUGUCUCUCUCUGCCAUCUUGCUGUAGGACUGCUGGGAUUACAGUGGAAGACAUUAGAAACUCAUGAUGUUGUAAUAGAGUGUGCCAAAAUCUCUCUGGACCCUACAGAAGCCUCGUAUGAAGAUGGCUAUUCUGUGUCUCACCAGCUGUCUGCCUGCUUCCCUCACCGUUCAGCAGAUGUCACUGCCAGCCCUUAUGUGGACACACAGAAUAGCUAUGGGGCCGCUACUUCCACCCCUUCCUCCACCUCUCGGCUGAUGUUGUUUAAUCCAGCUGGGCAGCUACCUCAGAGCCUGAGUUCCCCAUCAACACGGCUGUUACCUGAGCCGCUGCAACCUACUCUCUGGAGCCCAUCUAUGGUCUGUGGUAUGACCACUCCUCCUACAUCUCCUGGAAAUGUCCCACCUGAGUUGUCACAUUCCUCCAGUAAAGCCUUUAGCACCACUGGUGGAAAAGGAACUCCUUUGGGAACCCCAGCAACCUCUCCUCCUCCAGCCCUGCCCUGUCCGCCAGAUGACUGUGUGCAUGGGCCAUCCUCCCAGGCCACAGCCACACCCUCUAGGAAGGAAGAAAGAGCAGAUCCCUCGAGGCCUUGCCUGCAGAGACAGCAGUGUCAUAUAAAUGACCGAGGACUAGAGGAUCCACCUGCAAGCAAAGGUUCUGUUACUCUGGGGAAUCUGUCGGAUUUCUUAGGUGACCUGGCUUCUGAGGAAGAUAGCAUUGAGAAAGAUAAGGAAGAAGCUGCGAUAUCCAAAGAGCUUUCUGAGAUCACCACUGCAGAGGCGGAUCCUGUAGUUCCUCGAGGGGGCUUUGACUCUCCUUUCUACCGGGACAGUCUCUCUAGUUCUCAGCGGAAGACUCAUUCAGCAGCCUCUGGGACUCAGGGCUCUAAUGUGAACCCUGAGCCUUUGCACUCCUCCCUGGACAAGCAUGGGCCUGACACACCAAAGCAAGCCUUUACUCCUAUAGACCCACCGUCUGGCAGUGCUGAUGCCAGUCCUGCUGGGGACAGGGAUCGCCAGACUUCUCUGGAAACCAGUAUCCUCACUCCCAGCCCUUGCAAAAUUCCACCUCAGAGGGGAGUUAGCUUUGGAAGUGGGCAGCCUCCUCCAUAUGAUCAUCUCUUUGAGGUGGCCUUGCCAAAGACUGCCUGUCACUUUGUCAGCAAGAAGACUGAGGAGCUGUUGAAGAAAGUGAAAGGAAACCCUGAGGAAGACUGUGUGCCCUCUACCUCCCCAAUGGAAGUACUGGACAGACUGAUAGAACAGGGAGCAGAUGCACACAGCAAGGAGCUGAGCAAGUUGUCCUUACCCAGCAAAUCUGUUGACUGGACCCACUUUGGAGGCUCUCCUCCCUCAGAUGAGAUCCGCACCCUCCGAGACCAGUUGCUUUUACUGCACAACCAGCUGCUGUAUGAGCGGUUCAAGCGGCAGCAGCAUGCCCUCAGGAACAGAAGGCUCCUGCGCAAGGUGAUCAGAGCAGCAGCUCUGGAGGAGCACAAUGCAGCAAUGAAAGAUCAGUUGAAGUUACAGGAGAAUGAUAUCCAGAUGUGGAAACGGAGUCUGAGGAAAGAACGAGAUCGAUACACUGAGCUUCAGCAACAGCAUGAAAGCAUGGUUCCCCAGCUGCACAGCCAGAUUCGACAACUGCAGCAUGACCGGGAAGAAUUCUACAACCAGAGCCAGGAGUUACAGACAAAGCUGGAGGACUGCAGGAACAUGAUUGCAGAACUGCGGGUGGAGCUGAAGAAGGCCAACAAUAAGGUGUGCCACACUGAGCUGCUGCUCAGCCAGGUCUCUCAGAAGCUCUCCAAUAGUGAGUCGGUGCAGCAGCAGAUGGAGUUCUUGAAUAGACAGCUCCUCGUGCUCGGGGAGGUCAAUGAGUUAUACUUGGAGCAGCUGCAGAGCAAGCAUCCUGAUACCACCAAGGAAGUAGAGAUGAUGAAAACUGCCUAUCGGAAAGAACUAGAAAAGAACAGAAGUCACCUUCUCCAGCAGAACCAGAGGCUAGAUGCCUCACAGAGGCGAGUAUUGGAACUGGAAUCUCUUCUGGCCAAGAAAGACCACCUUCUCCUAGAACAGAAGAAAUACCUUGAGGAUGUCAAGAGCCAGGCGAGUGGACAGCUGCUGGCUGCAGAGAGCAGGUAUGAGGCUCAGAGGAAGAUAACCCGGGUGUUGGAACUGGAGAUCCUAGACUUGUACGGCAGGUUGGAGAAAGAUGGCUGCCUACGGAAACUAGAAGAAGACAAAGCAGAAACAGCAGAAGCAGCAGAAGAAAGGCUUGACUGUUGUAGUGAUGGCUGCUCAGAUUCCUUGGUAGCGCAUAAUGAAGAGGCUUCUGGCCACAACGGUGAGACCAGGACCACCAGGCCUAGUGGCACCCGGGCCAGCCGUGGAGGCAGAAGCACUGGAGGCAGCAGCAGCAGCAGCAGUGAGCUUUCUACUCCAGAGAAACCCCCGAGCCAGAGGCUCAGCAGCCGGUGGGAAACCACUGUGGGUGAGCCCUCCAGCAGCAUCCCCACAACUGUUGGCUCACUUCCUAGUUCCAAAAGCUUCUUGGGCAUGAAGGCCCGGGAGCUGUUCCGUAAUAAGAGCGAGAGCCAGUGUGAUGAGGACGGUGUGACCAGCAGUAGCCUUUCUGAGACCCUAAAGACAGAACUGGGCAGAGACUCAGGCAUGGAAAACAAGACUCCCUUUAAUCUAGAGGCUUCACACCCAUCUUUCCCGAACUCGGACAGUGUGGGCCAGCUCCACAUCAUGGACUACAAUGAGACUCAGCAAGAGCAUAGCUGAGGGGGGUCUGUCAGUGUUAAUUUGCGUCUUUGUCGGCACAGAACAGGAGGUGUGAAUGCACGUUCUAGGCUUUUCUGUUUCCAGGGUCUGAGCGGCUGCUUGUGCAGUGGGAAUGGGACAGAGGUCAUUUUGACAGCUGGCGGAAUGUGGGAUGAUGGUUUUGGGGUCUGGCAUUGAGAUGCUUCCCUUCACCCCACCCCAGCCUCUUUCAUUUACCUAGCAGUAUGUACUAAUUGAGGGCCUAUGUGUGUCCCUUGUAGCUUUAUUUUCUUCCUUCCUCCCACCAAAUGGUUGUGUCCUUUGAACCUGUGCAAUAUGAGGCCAAAUUUCAUCUUUGGGUCCAACACACCACUCUGCUUUCCUGAGGUGCAGAUAGAUGGGUGGCUCUUGGGUAGACCAGGCAGUUAGUGGCACUGCAGGUAAGUCCAGUUUUGUCCUUUCCAGGAGGAUAUAAGUUGAUUGUCUUUAGAGGAGCCUUUUUCACUGCUUUUUGGUUCUGAAGUUCAGCAUCUAAAGCCACAGAUCUAGAGAAACUGGUUCAUUCACCUCUGCCUUCUUUGGCAGCUCUGAAAUGCUUCCUAGAUGGUUCUGUGAGAAUACCAGUUGUUUUGAUAGUGUAGUUGUUGCUGUGGAGGCCAUACUGCCUUACUCUCUGGAAAGCUCGUAUCCCUCUCCCCCACUACCUCUUAUUUAUUUGGUAUUUGCUUGAAUGCUGGCACCAUGCUGCCUGUGGGUGGGUGUGUAGGUGGUCAUCCUGCAAUCCGCAGACUGAGGGAGUGGUCACUAGGUGGGGCACGAAGGAUGCUCAUGCACAUGUGGAAGUGUGCCACUGGCUGACCCUGUCCAGCUGAACCACAGUUCCACCUUUCAGCCUGUUCGCCUCCCUUUGUCCACAUGCCCGAUUAGCAGCUGCUUUGUAAUUCUGCAGCAGACAAGGCUGGGAAGAGUCAGAAUUUCCAUAGAGUUUAUGUGACAUCAUUCUCAGGCUGGGGGUGCCUCACCAUAGUAGGUUCUAGCAGCUCUUUUACAUCAACUUUGACUUUGUAGGAGAGAUUCCCCCUGAAGCUUCAUGUCAAACACUUCUGUUAGGAACGGCAGAGGGACUCAGAGUCUGGGAAGGUUAAUGGAGGCUGGUGGCCUGUACCACAGUCCACCCUCAUGCUCUUGUGACCAGUCAGAACAAUGAGGUGGCAGAGAGCCCAAACUCAACCAAUGCUCCUGAAAUAAAUGCUGGAAGUGUAAGAGUUGUUGCCUGAUAUUCUAGACCAGGCAAGGAGAGACUUGGGAAGGAGCCAUGAGCUUGAUUUUCUUGUUUCUGUUCUAGCUGAUGUAUAAAGAACGGAAGAGUUUAACUACAACAAAGGUAAAAACAAACUAAUGGUACGAAAUCUUACUGCAUAUGGAAGUUUCCAGCCUGAGGGUGAAAGUCCUAACCCUUAAGUAAGGUGAGCUUCCUUGUUACCAUGGCAGUGCUGGCUGGAGAUCUGUUAGGGCCAUAUCUCUGCUAUAGCCAGCCCACAGGAAGACAUACCACUAACCACUCUCAGACCAGCAGAGGCAGCCAUUGCCCCAUCACACUCAGUGAUGCCACGCUUUUCCUUUAGCUCUGCCCAGUGCUAGAAAAGAGCAGAUGAACAGAUUGGGAGAAAGAUCUUACAGUUAAUGAUAGACACUGCUCCUAAGAGCUGCUCCCCUCCAAGAUGUGUGCCAGAGAAACAAGCCUUCUCUACAUAAGAAAGAAAACUAGGAGACUACACAAGUGCUGAAGUUAGGGAGAGGAGGCAGUGACUUGGUACAACAGAUUGAGGUCUAGGCUAGCACCUCCACAGAUCAUGCUUGGGCCCUCAGCACUUACCUCCAGCCUGGGUGUUCUGUACCCAAUAACAGAACCUGAGCUUCCUGUGUGGUUUGAGUUCUAGAAGGCUGUUGAGGCUUGCUUCCUUCCUUUCUUCCUUUUUUCCUUCCUUCCUUCCUUCCUUCCUUCCUUCCUUCCUUCCUUCCUUCCUUCCUUCCUGCUAAGCUUGGGGGACUAUGACCUGAAGUCAUCUUGAAGGUGCCCAGCCUAAACAUUGGCUCUUUUCAAAGGACUCCAGGCUCAGUGGGUGGAGGCUGCUUUCUGUUCAGAGAACAGUCAGGAGAGGAGCUUCUGGAAGGCAGCUGAAGCCUGGGCCAAGGCAUUGGAGCAGUGGGUAUCACGGGCAGCCUGGUAUGUGUGAAUGCUGGGGUUGAACCACUUGGAGUUUGUGUUGUGGUUGCCCUUGGGACCCAAGGAGACUGGAGGCUGCGUCUCCUGCAGUCUGGGACUGUCAGAAGCAGCACUACCAUGCCACUGGAGUGGAGUAGCAGGGCAGUGCCAGGAGAGGAGCUAAGUAGUCAUCUAUCGCGUCCCUCCCUGAAGUCUUAAGACUUUGCUUUGGGAGCAAAAGCAACAUGACCAUAGACAUGAGAAGACAGGCUCUAAGGUAUCCCUGGAGCAGGCAGCACAGCUGCCAGGGGCAAAUGCUGACCUUGGUAGCUUGGUUGAUCCUUUCAGGAGGGAGUUUGUUCAAUCUUCUGGACUGAGCUGCAGAAAGUUCCAAUGGUGACAUGGUUAGCAGGGAGUCACUUCUUCUUAGAAGGCAAACUCAAAGCCCAGGGAAAGUCCUGGAAGCCACAUACGGUUAAAAAACAAAAAAUUAACCUCCCCUCCCCAAGCUGCUGUGGCCAGUGGUCAGUGCUCCCUGGGUGGUAGUGGCACCACAAGCCACAGUGAUAAGCCACAGACUUAGAGCCAUUUGUGGCGUGUGUGGGCUCUAGUGCUCAGAGGAGAAUGAGGAAAUGAUAGCAGUUGAAUGGUCAAGGUUGAAAAGACCUCAGAGCUCAGGCUGACAGUAAGGGUAGAAAUGGAAGCAUGCGUAACAACAGUCUGCUGUGGUGAGACCAGCCAGCAGGCACCUACCGCCGACCACUUGAAGCCAGAAAGAACUGAGAAAAACAGAAGUACUGUGGGGAGGUGCUCGUUUUCCUGAGCAGUAAGGGUAGGAGAUGCCAUGGACAAGCUGGUGGAGGUGUGGGCGUUACACCAGCUCAGCUUGCACUGCAACACACAUGGAGUCUGCCUCAACCAGAGGCCAGCAGUCCUGCACACUGUGACUCAGAUGGCAUCCUACUACUGCUGCACCUUCACCCCAAGGUCCAUGCUGUAAAUCCACUGCUGUGCACAUUGGAAAACACAUCCGGUGUGAGGAUGUUUGUUUCCAUGUAUACAUCCAGAGAUCUGUGGCAUGUGCCUCCAUCCCCCCUCCCCUCCCACCUCCCUCCCCUUCUCCUCCCCCUCCCCAGUUUGUUGCAGAGUCACUGAUUGCCUUGGGUUCAACCUGUCUGCGUAGGUAAAAAUGGGAACUGGCCUCUGGGCUGCUGCUGUGACCCUUGUUCCCACUCAGUUUCCCUGUCUGAGUCCCUGGUGUGCCCAGGGGGGCAAUGUUUCUGUUUCUGAUACCACCCCAAGUUUUUAAAUGAGGUGUAGAGAAGCAGCUUCAGCUACAAAUGGAAACUGCACCCUGAACACUCUUGGUCUCAGAAUGAAAUUUAAUGGGGGCCAAGAAGUGCCCUGCCCUUCCCAGAGCCCCAGUAUUGUCUACUUCUGGAUAGGUAGGCUGAGCCACUAGAGCUGGUCUUUCACUAGGCCAGUCCCUCUCCCUGCCCCACCUCACACAGUGUUGUAUUAGAGGAGAGGUCAUGAUGGUGUUUGUUAGCUCUGUCAGAUCAGAGGCAGACAGGCAUUUUUGCACUAGGAAGAUUCAGUGGUCACCCUUCAUGAGACUGGACCACAAAACACAUUAUGGAGGUGCAGGUUUUGCUAAGACAUAAUUUAGUUUUAUAAUCAAUCAUGGAUGAACCAUAUAUGGAUAACUUGGAGUUGGGGCAGGGGGUUCCCAUCAGUGAAACAAAUCUUUUUAGUUCAAUGGAAGUCACCUCUUCUCAAAAGGUUUAAACUUUCCCACUAGGACCUUAAAAGCAUGUCAAACAAUCCGCAUCAGAUGCCAUAAUACAGGCUGCAAGAGAACAUGGUACAGUCUCAGUGAAUGGAAUCAAAGGUUUGCUGUCUUUAGAAUGUUCUGAAAUGUCAAGGCAAUUGCUUGUGUUUAACUGUGAACAAAUAAAGAUUUAUUGUUUUGCACUCUG